AUGUCUCCAUCAUGGCUGAGUCCUGGAGCCUCAGUGACUCUGAGCUGUGAGGUUAAACCUUCAUCUACAGGAUGGAGGUUCUCCUGGUACAAAGCUGUUCCUGAUCUGUCACAUAACAACUACAGCUACCUGCUGCUGCCCGACAGCAACAGCGGGACUGCAGAGAACUCCUACGUCAUUCACAGCCAGAGUCAUACAUCGGGAUAUGCCUGUAGAGCUGAUAGAAGAAACCCACAUUUUUCCACUGGUUACAGUGAACCAAAGUUUGCCUGGUCUAUUGAUCCUCAUCCAGCAGCGUCUCUCUCAGUGAGUCCUGACAGAGAGCAACACUUCACCUCCGAGUCUGUCUCAAUACACUGUAAAGGAGACUCUCCUCAAUGGAUAGUGAAGGAGUUUGUGCAACUGAACGACAAGUCCAAAUUAUCAGACUGCUCCACUUGGCGGACAAUGACUGGGUCAUCGUGUACCUUUACUGUCUACUCUUCCUAUAAAGCAGUGUGCUGGUGUGAGUCUGGGUCAGGCGAGUUCAGCAACGCAGUCAACAUCACUGGGAAAAAUGAAGAUCUUCUCCUGGUGAGCCCCGUCCAUCCUGUGACUGAAGGAGCUUCUGUUACUCUGAGCUGCAGACGGAGAGGAGAAAACAAACUUUCUGAUGUGAUUUUCUAUCAUAAUGACAAACUGAUCCAAAAUGACAGCAGAGGAGAGCUGAAGAUCUCUGCAGUGUCUCAGUCAGAUGAAGGUUUCUACAAGUGUGAACAUUCAGGAGAAGUUUCACCUCAGAGCUGGUUGGGAGUUAAAGUUGCUACGCCUCGACCUGAAACCUCUGCCUUUCCUGUGCGGUCGAUCUUUGUUGGAGUCGGAUUUAUUAUUCUUUUGUUUCUGUUGUGGCGCUUCAGAAAGUCAGAAGGAGUUUACAAAACAAAAAGUGGACCUCAAACAUCUGGAAAUGAACAACAUGAAGAUCUGGACGAGAUUCCCGAAUAUGAUGAUGUGGCUUCAGAAAGCAACAUGGAUACCAAGACCACAAGGACUGUGUUAAUGCCAUCUUGAUCUGGUCCAUGGAGAGAAGUUCAACACAACCAUUAGAUGUUUACCUGUAAC